ACAAACCAAACCGGCCGGCUUAUAUAUUAAACCUCACUUCUAGUGGAAAAACGAAAAAACCCCAGAUUCCGAUCACAGAUUUGUAUUAAACCAGAAUUUCUUAUUUGUUUGAAAAAAUAAAUAAAUUUAAUUACUCAAUUUUGAUCUGAAAAGCAUACAUUUUUCUUUUUAUCUGUUCAGCCAAAGUAAUUUUAUAGCAAAAUUAAGCAACUGUGAUUUCUGCGGUGGAAAAUGGAGGGUGAGCUGAAAGAGUUGUUGACUGAUCUCAAAACUCUCAAAAGUUCUCUGCCAGAUCGAUCUUAUCAAGCUCUGAUCGACAAGAUGCAAUCACGUCUUGAGCAUCUUUCUACGAUAGCAACAUCAGGGCCAGUGCAACGUUUAAAAAUCAAGGAUAUGAGCGCUGAGGUGGUUGAUAGCAAUCCCUACAGCAGACUUAUGGCGCUUCAGAGAAUGGGUAUUGUGGACAAUUAUGAAAGAAUUCGGGAAUUCUCGGUUGCUAUAGUUGGUAUAGGUGGUGUUGGCAGUGUUGCAGCUGAGAUGUUGACAAGGUGCGGUAUAGGUCGCCUUUUGUUGUAUGAUUAUGACACAGUGGAGUUAGCUAACAUGAACCGGCUAUUUUUUCGUCCAGAGCAGGCUGGCAUGACAAAGACAGAUGCAGCUGUCCAAACUCUAUCAGACAUAAAUCCUGAUGUUGUACUUGAGAGCUAUACAUUAAAUAUCACAACAGUACAGGGCUUUGAAACAUUCAUGUCAAGUCUUAGAAAUAAAUCAUUCUGCCCAAGUAAAGAAGGUUGUGGAGUCGAUCUUGUUUUAAGCUGUGUAGAUAAUUAUGAAGCAAGGAUGGUGGUGAAUCAGUUGCAGGCUUGCAACGAGUUGAACCAAACAUGGAUGGAAUCUGGUGUAUCUGAAAAUGCUGUUUCAGGUCAUAUACAAUUGUUGGUUCCUGGCGAAACUGCCUGUUUUGCGUGUGCGCCUCCCUUGGUUGUAGCAUCUGGGAUUGAUGAACGUACAUUGAAGCGCGAAGGAGUUUGUGCUGCAUCUUUACCAACUACAAUGGGAGUUGUUGCUGGGCUUCUUGUACAAAAUACACUUAAAUACUUGCUAAAGUUUGGACAUGUCACCCCAUAUCUGGGUUAUAAUGCCCUCAAAGACUACUUCCCAACAAUGGAAAUGAAGCCAAAUCCUCAAUGUUCCAAUUCUGCUUGUUUGGAGAGGCAGAAAGAAUACGCUCUCGUGAAGCCCGCCAGAGAUGCUGCUACUAAAGCCAAGAUGGAGUCAGAAGCACCAUCAGAAACAGAGUGCCUACAUGAAGAUAAUGAAUGGAACAUAAGCGUUGUUGAUGAUACUGAUCUGCAAGGCCCAGACGUCGGAAAAAGUUCAGGUUAUUUUUUUUUCAUUUUCUAUGGCUGCAUAGUCUCUCUCUUUUGUGUGCAUGUUAAACUUGAGUAGAUACAUGUUACAAAAUAUUCAAAUGGGUCAAGAAAGUAUUUCUUUUCAAAUUGAGUAAAGCAAACAAAAGAAUUCUUAUAAUGUCAUAUUAUAUGUAUUUGGUGAAAAAUGAAGAUAUAGUGACAAUUUCUUUCGGGGACAAAUGUUAAAAAUACAUAAUAUGUUGAAAUAGUUCAUUGAUUACUUUUGUGAGGUCUUUUAUGAACAAAAUUCCUUGUUUUGUUUCAAACUUUUGACAUAGAACAUGGAAUGACAGUUAGAGCUGCCAGAGAAUUUACAUUAAGAAAAAUGAUAAUAUUACGUGGUUGAGAAAACUGGCUUUGCAGAAAGGUGGACUAAUGGUCAUCCCAUGUUACACUGCCAGUGGACUUUUGCACCUAAAUUUAAUACCUAUUAGAAACUGUCCUUUUGUAUUACAAGAGAGAGAAUGUCAAGGCCUCAUAAGAUACAAACUAACUAUAGUGAUAGUUAUACUUC